AUUCGAAUUCGAAAUGUUUGAGUUGAGAAUGAGAAUGAGAAUUAGGUUAUGUGAUUCCUGUUUUUACUCUUCUCUUCUCUGUUUAGUGAUUGUAGCAAUUUUUCACUAAAUUGGGCUUGUUUAUGCGAACACAUCCAUUCCAUAUUUUUUAGCAGCAUUCAUAAUACAUUUUAGCUUCAGUUUUGACUUGUAAAACUUUACUGAAAGAUGAAUCGUCAAUCAGAAAUAAGUCGAAAGGAAGCUGAAGGUCCAGUUGAAUUGGAAAGUCAGUUUAUUCUCCGUUUGCCAGAGGAGCCGGCCAAAGCUCUGAGAGAGGCAUUGAGAAGCGGAGUGACCAGCUUGAAGGACAGGCUGUCGAUAAAACUCGAAAAUGACAUUCGUUAUGGAGAAGUGCGGGUCGACCAUUGGCUGAUGCAUGCAAAGGUUCUCGACUUGCCAACCAUAGUUGAAUCGUUGAAAACGAUUGAUAACAAGAGCUUUUAUAAAACGGCAGACAUUUGUCAGAUAAUGAUAUGCAAAGAAGAAGAUGAUCAAACGACAACCGACGAAGAAUCACCGCAAAAGCAUAAGAAGAAAGACCCCAACAAAGUAGAAAAGAAAUAUCUGUAUCCGCAUGGCAUCACUCCCCCGCUCAAGAAUGUACGCAAGAGACGAUUUCGGAAAACACUUAAAAAGAAGUAUGUGGAGGCACCGGAAAUCGAGAAAGAGGUGAAACGACUGUUGCGCGGAGACACGGAGGCGGUGAAUGUGCGUUGGGAGGUGAUCAGUGAGGAGGAAGAGAAGAAAGCGGCUAGCGGAUUGGCCAUCAAAGAGGAGCCCAUUGCGCAUGGCAUUGCGCACAACACCGAAACCACAUCAAUCUCCGCCGAGAACAAUGUCGAUGUCGCCGAACACGAUAUUUUCGGAGAAGCAGUGAGUGACUCUGAAGACGAGGACCAAAAUAUUGUUGUGAUGGAAGAGUUAUCGAAUGAGGACAGCCGUCUAUCGGAUUCCCAGUCCAUGCAUGGAAGACAGCUGGAGCGUGGCGGCGGUGGCAGAGAGCUGAUCACCGAAUUCAGAAAGGAGAUGUUCAACAGCGAGGGCGAGGGGGAGGGAGGGGCAGACAUGAAGCAGGAGUCGAAUAGUGGCGACUAUGACAUGUACAAGUCGAGUCCAACCUAUGACCACGAAAACGACAACGAUAACGACAACGAUCAGCCAUCCCACCUGUCUAUCAGUGAAAUACAAGCAAAACUGGAAGUAUUGCAGCAACAACUGUCUGACCUGGCCGUCCGUCGUCAUCAGCAGGAAGUGGAGAUUGCCAACAUUGAGAACAUGGCGCUCAGACAACGCUUUCAGGAGAUACUUGACAGUCUCCUCCAGCAGCAGCUCGAGAAAGAACACAAAUAUCAAGAGCUAAUGCAGUUACUACAAAUGCAGCAGAUGAAGUGAAACAAUAUUGCAAACAGUGAAGUGUUGAGCCAAAUAUUUUCAUUUCAUUUUAUCUAUUCAUUUAUUGGACAAAAUGAAUAAAUAUAGUAUCUAGAGAUACAAUAUCAGAAAUCAGGCAAUCGCCAAACUAUUCUAUAACUUGUAUAAUAAAUGUUGUAAAUAAAAAAUACGAUUAUGCUUA